UCUUAGUUGGGGAGUCCUCAUUUGCACCUUAAAAUUGAUCGACACGGAGUAUUAAUUACUGCUUCCUCCGUUCCGAUUUAUUUAUUUAAUCUUGAAUUUUCAACUUCUUAAGAAAACUAAAUUCAAUUUAUUGGUUUGAAAAUUUACAUAAUUUUAUUUAUUAAUUUUAAAAUUAGACACAUUUGAGACAUGUAUAAUUCAAAAAAGAAAUAAAGGACGGAGGAGUACAAAGACAGAGAGAGGGAGGCGGAGGGGGAAGAGAGAACCGACGAUGGCGAAGAGUUGGAUUAUUGGAAGAAAAUUGUCAUUAACAGCAGUAUUAUUUGUUGUUGUGAUUGGUAGUAGUGGACCAAAACAAUCCCUAGCAUCAAAUUCCGCGUCGGCUUUUGUUCAGAACGUCAUCUACUCCAACAGGAUUGCUAUCUUCUCCAAAUCUCAUUGUCCGUAUUCGGUGCAUGCCAAGAGAAUAUUCAAUGAACUACAUGAGCAAGCUUUUAUUGUGGAGCUUGAUCUCCGAGACGAUGGGUAUAAAAUUCAGGAUGUUCUUCUAGAACUGGUGGGUCGACGCACUGUCCCUCAAGUAUUUGUUAAUGGAAAGCAUGUUGGUGGCUCUGAUGAUCUCAGAACUGCUGUCCAGAAUGGUCACUUACAGAACCUUCUUAGUCGGAGUUGAUGAAAUACUGUAUUAAUGAGAAAAUCCAGUCUGUCUUUUGUUGUACAAGUGACAGAAAAAUUUGGAGGUUGAAGGUAAUUCAUUGGGGCCACGUACGAGACUAGAAGGUAGAUAUUUGAUGUUGGCACCUCCAUGAAAUCCAGAACUCCUGUUGAUGUAGUGUUCGACUAGUAAUCUUGUACUGUCUUUCAUGGUAUAUGCUAAUUUUAGUUUGACAAAAUUAAAUACAUGUUGCUAUUGCCAUAGUUGGUCAUGUUGAGGUAGGGCUGUGAAGUUUCAUGGUGUUAAUAUCAGAACAGGUCGUCGUUGUUUGUUUUUUGUUAUUA